AUGACAGUAGAUAUCGUAUGGAGAACGCUUCCGCUUUCUAUCAAGGAAGUUUCAUUGGCGCGAGUACUCCGCUGUGGCCAGACGUUUCGCUGGAAGAAUAUGAACAACGUUUGGCGGUUUACAACCAAGGAUAAGAUCGUUUUGCUCAGACAGGACGACACCAAAAUCGAAUAUGGAUGCGGCGGAGUCAUAAAUGACCAGAGCGGAACGCUUGCCUCGAGCGAUGCUGUUUUGGACGCAGUUUUGGCGUUCGUGACAGACUAUUUCAAUCUUGCAGUGAAGCUAGAGGAACUCUACGAGGAGUGGGGUGCGGUAGAGAAGAAAUAUGUCAAAAACUCCGAGAUGGCCUCUUUUUCGUUUUUUCCGGGUAUCCGCAUGCUCAGACAGGAUCCCUGGGAGACUGUUGUGCUGUUCAUCUGUCUGUCCAACAAUAAUGUGAAAAGAAUCUCCAAAAUGUGCGAUUCGCUAUGUGAUGAAUUCGGCGAUUUCGUGUGUGAUUUCGAGGGAAUGCCUUACCAUAAUUUCCCGGGGCCAGAGAAGCUCUGUGACCCCAGCGUGGAGGGUCGUUUGCGGGAACUUGGUUUCGGGUACAGAGCCAAAUACAUCCAACAGACAGCAGCCAUGUUCAUGAGCCCGGAAUAUCCCGAUAUAACCCUUGAGAGCCUCGCUGCAUUGCGUGAGGAAUCUUACGACACGGCACAUGAGUAUUUGCUUCAACUCGUGGGUGUUGGACCAAAGGUAGCUGAUUGUAUCUGUCUCAUGGCACUCGAUAAACACGAUGUCGUUCCUGUCGAUACUCAUGUUCUUCAGAUUGCUGUGCGUGAUUAUAAGUUCAAAAAACCAAAGAUCAUGAACGCUAAGUCAUACCAUGAGGUUCGUGUGCACUUGCAAAACUUGUUCGGUGAGUAUGCUGGAUGGGCGCAGCUGGUUAUGUUCGCAGCUGAUCUUGUGGACCUCAACAAUGGAGUCAACCAGGUUGACGGAGCAAAAAUCAAGCAUGAAGUGGCAGUUUCUGAAGAGUCAGAGGUUCAAGUGUCCAAGUCUGGGAAGCGCACCAUUGUAGCUAAACAGACAGUGAAGCGUAUCAAAGUGGAAGCUUAG